GGGCUGGAGCUAGUCCUUCCCCAGGUGACAAGUGGUCGGGGCAGUGCCGCCGGGCCUCCUGGGGUGUAGAGCCCGCUCGCUGCUGUCCCCUCAUCCUGCCGCCUACGCAGCCCCUGCCCCGGGGCGGAACUGAAGGAAGGUCAGGCCGGGCCGCCCCGCCCCGCGCGGUCCAGUCCCGUCCCACUUCGCCCCGGGGCGGUCGCUGGGCUGUGGGUGGCUCACUUUAGAACCAAUUUCAGCCACGUGCAGCCUCCAUGGCGGCCACUCACGUCUCGGGGGAGAAGAUUAGCAUCUAUACGGGAGAGACGGCCAAGGCGGCGGACAGAGACUCGUUUGGUAACGACUGCCCCGGGCAGGACAGGUCAUCCCAGCGGUCUUGGAGGCAGAAGUGCGCCUCCUACGUGUUGGCCCUGCGGCCCUGGAGCUUCAGUGCCUCACUCACCCCAGUUGCCCUGGGCAGUGCCCUGGCCUACAGAUUCCAAGGCGACCUGGAUCCCAGGCUACUGGUGGGUUGUGCCGUGGCUGUCCUGGCUGUGCACGGGGCUGGCAAUUUGGUCAACACUUACUAUGACUUUUCCAAGGGCAUUGACCACAAAAAGAGUGAUGAUAGAACUCUGGUGGACCGAAUCUUGGAGCCCCAGGUUGUUGUUCGGUUUGGAGUCUUCCUCUACACCUUGGGCUGUGUCUGUGCAGCUUGCCUGUACUACCUGUCUCCUCUGAAACUGGAGCAUUUAGCUCUCAUCUACUUUGGAGGCCUGUCCGGCUCUUUUCUCUACACCGGAGGAAUUGGCUUCAAGUACGUGGCUCUGGGAGACCUCGUCAUCCUCAUCACUUUUGGCCCGCUGGCUGUGAUGUUCGCCUACGCCGUCCAGGUGGGGUCCCUGGCGGUCUUCCCCCUGGUCUACGCCAUCCCCCUAGCCCUCAGCACCGAGGCCAUUCUCCAUUCCAACAAUACCAGGGACAUGGAAUCCGACCAGGAGGCUGGCAUCGUCACACUGGCCAUCCUCAUCGGUCCCACCCUCUCCUACGUGCUCUACACCACGCUGCUCUUCCUACCCUACCUCAUCUUCAGCAUCUUGGCCACACGCUGCAGCAUCAGCCUAGCCCUCCCCCUGCUCACCAUUCCCAUGGCCUUUUCCCUUGAGAGACAGUUCCGAAGCCAGGCCUUCAACAAACUGCCCCAGAGGACUGCCAAACUCAACCUCCUGCUAGGACUUUUCUACGUUUUUGGCAUCAUCCUGGCACCAGCGGGCAGUCUGCCUAAACUUUAAGGGGACCAGUUGCUCCUCCCACAACGUGUCCCCCUUUCCUGGAAUGUAUUAAAGUCAGAAUACCCCAGAAGGGAAUGUGAUUUGGCAGUGAGGUUCCAAGAAAUGGAUUAUGGGUUGUGAGUGAACUUUUGCCUUUUUUUUUAUUAUUAUCUUCUUAAAGAUACCUGCUGAGUUUUUCCAUUUUAUGAGGAAUCUUGAAACCACUCCGGUAUCUGAAGAAGGUGAAUUUGAUGCACAGUCUCUAUCUUUUAUUUAUAAUUUCCACUAGAUGGUGUUGUCAGGUCACUUUAAAAUGGGCUGAGUUCCUCCUUGUUCUAUGCAAAAUGUCCCAAGACUUUGUGAAGGAGCUGCCUGGUUGGCCUCCUAUCCUGAAAGAGCCGUAGUAACCAGGCAAAGUGUCCUUUUGUCAACUUGGUCUUGUAGGAGAUGGUAAUGACUGGUGCCAGGCCCCAUUAGCAUGGGGAGCGCCUGUCUCUUACUCUCAGCUGUUGGGUCCUGAAAUACACUGCUUGAGUGAGAGAGUCCCUCAUUAACAGCCUAGUGUGGCUCCCAGCUUUAUGCCUCAGUUGUGAUUCAGAAGCUUUUGCCCUUUAUCUAUUCUUUCACUCAUUGCCACAGUUGAAGAAAAGUGUCAGAUCACCCUGCAGCAAGACAAUUAAGCCAGGGACUGGGAGAAAAAAAAAAAAACCACCACACCCUGGAG